AUGGAUGAACAGAAAAUCAAUGCUGAUAUCUCAUCGACACAGAGUGAUGGAGAUGCAGCGAAAAAGAGUAAUGAGGAGGUUACUGAUAAGUAUUCGAGCAAGGCACAGAACAAAACAUCAUUCAAAGAUUUUUUGAGAAUCUUUUCAUACUCGACUUUGGGUGAUAAAUUCAUUCUGGUAAUUGCCUGCAUCGCACAAAUCGGGACGGGAGUCACUUUACCACUGAUGAACAUUGUCUUUGGCAAAGUAGUUGGCAACUUUUCAGACUACUUCAUAGUUGGCUCUACUACCACCAAGGCCGAAUUCACCAAUUCUAUCAACAAACUUACGUUGUUUGUUCUUUACCUGUUCAUCGCAAGAUGGACCCUAAGUUACAUCUCGAUGUUCACGUUUCGCCUAGUUGGCCUUCGAAUUUCGGCCAAGUUGCGUCUCAAUUACUUGAAUGCGUUAUUCAGCUUACCCGUUGGGGUUCUCGAUACUCUACCGAGUGGACAAGCUUCAAAUACAAUCACAACCACCGCAAACAUAUUGCAAGUUGGCAUUUCGGAAAAACUGGGGACCAUUUUACAGUAUUCGGCGUUGCUGAUAACAGCAGUCAUUAUUGCGUUCACUUACAGCUGGGCAUUGACUUUGGUAACCAGCUCAGUUCUUGUAUUCAUCGCAUUAGUCUAUGGAAGCGUUGUUCCAAUUGUUAUGAAGAUGACAAAGGAUGUCGAGCAUGCCGAUGAGAAAGCCUCUGGAAUUGCCGGUGAAGUUCUUGGUUCAAUACGAAUGAUUGUAGCGUGUGGUGCCGAGAAUCGGAUUGCGAAGAAAUAUGCUGGAUGGGUUGAAGAAUCUCGAAGACGGACAAUAAAAAUGAGUCCUUGGAUUGGUGUCCAAUUCGCACCACUCAUGUUUGCCAUCUAUGCAACCAUGGCAUUGUGUUUUUGGUUUGGCUUCAAACUAUUUUCUAAAGGACAUAUCGAGAAUAUCGGAACGAUUCUAAUCGUAUUGAUGUCCGUGAUGAUGACCGCGAUGGCAGUGAGUCAAACGGCUGCACCAAUCAUCGCAGCUGGUAGUGCGGCGAGCGCAGCCACGGACGUUUUCGCCAUAAUUGACACGCCUAGACCUGAUACCAGUGGCUUGAAAGAGCCCAAUGUGUCAGCUCGCAAGGAUAUCACUUUGGACUCCGUCACUUUUGCCUACCCGAGCAGACCUCAUGUUAAAGUUCUCGACAACUUAUCUAUGAGAUUUGAAUCUGGUAAGAUUACAGCUAUUGUGGGUGCAUCUGGUUCAGGCAAAAGCACAAUAAUGGGCCUUUUGGAAAGAUGGUACAAUCUUGAAGAGCAACGAAUAGUGAUUCCUCCAAGCGCGAUGAAAGAUGAGAAGAAGGACACGAAAGAAGAAGAAAGGCCAAAGACCCCUGAAGAAUACGAUGAGAAACAGGAUCCAGUUGCUCUAUCUGGUAUCAUAUCAUGUGGAAACCACGAAUUAAAAUCUCUCGACCUCAAAUGGUGGCGAACACAGAUAGGUCUUGUGCAACAAGAACCAUUCAUAUUCAACGAUACGAUAGCCAAGAACGUUGAAUAUGGCUUAAUUGGUUCAGAGUGGGAACGUGAAGAUGCCGAAAUGAAAAGGAAGCUUGUUGUGGAGGCUUGUAAAGAAGCCUUUGCUGAUGAGUACAUCACUAAAUUGCCCAUGGGAUAUGAUACUCAAGUUGGUGAUGCCGGUAUUAAGUUGAGUGGUGGACAGAGACAACGACUUGCUAUCGCUAGGAGUAUCAUAAAGCGACCGAAGAUUUUGAUUUUGGACGAGGCCACGAGCGCAAUUGACGUAAGAGGAGAGCAAAUCGUCCAGGCAGCGUUAGACAAAGUGAGUGAGGGUAGAACAACCAUCACAAUAGCUCACAGACUAUCAACGAUCAAAAAGGCCGACAAAAUUGUGGUUUUAAAGAAGGGAAAGCUUGUCGAGGAAGGAACGCAUGAAGGAUUGCUUUCUAACCCGGAUGGCGCCUACAGUGCUCUCGUAAAUGCUCAACAAUUGUCCCUGGGAGAUGUUUAUCAAGACGAAUCUAACCUGGUUGAGAGAAUGGAUCCCUUAAUACGCGAAAUGAGUGUAGUGGAAAAGAAAAAAGAAGAUACAGAAGCAGUGGCAUACCAACCUAAGGGUAUCUCCACCAGCUUUGGACUGUUUUUGUAUGAGCAACGCUUCCGAUGGCGUUGGUACUUAUUGCUCGUGAUAGGUGCUAUAGCUGCCGGCGGCAGCUAUCCGAUCCAAGCCUAUCUAUUUGCCCAAAUCAUCUCGGUAUUUUCAUACACCGGAGCGAAACUCAAGUCUGCUACCGAGCACUACGCAUUAAUGUUUUUCAUUCUAGGCUUGGGAACAGGAGCGGCUUGGUUCAUCAUGGGCUAUUCCUCGACUAUUAUAUCUGGCCACAUCACUGCCACUUACCGCCAAGAAUAUUUCGAGAGUAUUUUGAGGAAGCCGAUUGCCUUUUUCGACGCUGAGGAGAACUCUAGUGGUGAACUUACAGGUCGUGUUGCCAACGAUCCGACGCAGCUUCAACAACUGCUUGGCAUCAAUAUGGCCAUGGUAUUCUCGGCCUUUUGUAACAUCACUGGUUGUAUCAUCAUUGCAUUUGUUUUUGGCUGGAAGCUUACUUGCGUGGUGGCUUUUGUCGCCCUACCUCUGUUAAUAUGUGGCAGCUUUUAUCGUAUCCGGUAUGAGAUUCAGUUUGAAAAGAUGAACCAAGCAGUCUUUGCCGAGAGCUCCAAAUUUGCGGCCGAAUCAAUAUCCGCGUUUCGAACAGUUACUUCUUUGACUUUGGAGGAUAUGAUAUGUAAUCGUUACGACGAACUGUUGAAGUGGCAUGUGAAAGCCCAUGCUAAGAAGAGUAGAUACUCAUCGAUUGUAUUUGCUGCUAGCGAUAGUAUGGGAUUGGCUUGUAUGGCUUUGGCAUUUUGGUAUGGCGGUACGCUUCUCGCUUCGAGAACAUAUGGACCUGUUAACUUCUUUGUGGUUUAUAUUGCUAUAAUAAAUGGGGCUGAAAGCGCUGGGAGCCUCUUGAGUUUUGGUCCUAGUCAGUACUCCGAUGAUAAUAUAAUCCCCUUCCCCGAGUUCUGUGUUACUGAUAGCAUGAUAGAUAUGGCACAAGCAUCAGCAGCAGCGAACCGGAUAUUGAGCUUUAGAGUACCGACAGGAGUAGUGGGAGAUCCAGCAUCAAAUAUCCAAGAUACAGAGGGCGGGGUCAAGAUCGAAUUGAAAGAUAUCUGGUUCAAGUAUCCUACCCGUGAUGUUCCGAUAUUUACUGGUCUAAAUAUUACUAUUGAAAAGGGCCAAUUUGCUGCUUUAGUUGGACCUUCAGGUUGUGGAAAAACGUCGAUUGUCAGUCUGCUUGAAAGAUUCUACGAUGUUCAGAAGGGUAAGAUAAUCUGCAACGGCACCGAUAUCUCCGAACUUGAUGUUCAUGGAUACCGGAAAAUCAUCUCGCUCGUAGCACAGGAACCUACUUUAUAUGAAGGUACUAUCAAAGAGAACAUCUAUUUGGGUGUCGAUGAGUCGACACCAGAAGCAACCCUCCACCAAGUCUGCCGUGAUGCUGAAAUUCACGACUUUAUCAUGUCUCUCCCCGAUGGCUACAACACCAAUGUCGGUAUCAAAGGAGUUGCUCUGUCAGGAGGACAGAAACAACGAAUAUCGAUAGCUCGUGCGCUCAUUCGUGAUCCCAAGAUUCUCCUUCUUGAUGAAGCGACUUCGAGUCUAGACUCCGAGAGCGAGAAACUUGUACAAGCAGCUUUUGAAAGAGCGGCAACAGGUAGAACCAUGGUUGUUGUAGCCCAUCGGCUGGCCACGGUGCAAAACGCUGAUGUCAUUUUCGUUCUGGGUGAAGGUAGAGUGUUGGAAGUGGGAGAUCAUGUGGCGUUAUUGAGGAGAAAAGGCGUUUAUUAUCAAAUGUGUCAAUCCCAAGCACUCGACCGCUAG